UUGGCUGUUGUUGUUGUUGACAACUUCCUUCUCCUCCACCUCCACCUUCUCCUCCUCUUCUUCCAAAUCCAUCAAAAGAAUGUUGCCUAAAAAGUAAAGGUAAAUUAUUAUUUGAUGUUUGUUGUCCUCCAUCUAAAGAAGAGAAAGAUAGUCUUGAUUCUUGUUGUUGUUGAAGUAAUUGUUGAACUUUAACUGCUGCUACAGCCGCAAUUGUUGGGUCAAUAUUUGAAGUAUUUAAACAAUUUGGAGGUUUAAAAGCACUUCUUGAAUAAUCUAUUAAUUCAGGUGAAAUAUUAAAUAAAUUUGGAGUUGAACGUCGUAAAGCAGCAGGUAAUUGUUGGGCUGCUAAAAUUAAAGAAGAAUUUAAUAAAUUAAAAGAAUUUGUUCUUUCAUUUAUAGCAGCAGAAAAUAAUUUAGCUAAAUGAUUAUUUAUAUUAGUUGUUGAUGUUGAUGGUUGUUGUUGUUGUUGAAUUAAUGUUGGUGGUUGUCCAAAUAAUUGGUUAUUUUGAGGGGACUGAGAAUAACAAGCAAAAUUUGUAUUUAAUUGUUGUUGGGGGGUUAUUAUUGGUGGUGGUUUUUGUUGGGGGAGAGGUGAAAGGGUUGCUGGUACUGUUGGAGGGGGUGAGGGAGGGGAAAGUGAUAAUUCAUUAA